AUGGAUCGUACGAUCUGGUUCAAGAAUAGGCGUGCGAAAGACCGGCAACUGAAGAAGACUCAUCAACUGCAGAACAACAAAAAGAUCCCUCCAGGGCUUGGUCCCAUUCAGAUCCUCUUCGACCGAGUACUCCCCACCCAAGAACGGCGACGAUGCGAAUUCAAACCAAUUCCUAUUCCUGGAACGAUUGACUUCAAAUCAGAGACAGAAGCCAAGUAUACGCCGAAAGACGACCAAAAAUAUGUUGAUAGCGGUUAUCAAACUGGCUGUCCUCCUUCAGCUACCGCAGCAUGGUAUCAGCUUCCAGCGGCCAACUAUUCCAUCUACAACAAUUUCUACGCUACUCCAGCAAAUUACUAUCAUCAAUAUGGUUAUUCAUCCGAUUACAUUCCUCAAAAUCCGCCAUACUGUGGACAGCUGUAA